AUGAGAAUUCUUCUGUCAGUGAAAUUCUUUCUUUGGUUGCACCUUGCUCAAAACCUAAAUGGUGAAGCAAUUUCUCCAAGCAAGGCAAUAACCCAUGGUGGACAGAAAGAUGCCCAAAAUGAUGUUUAUACCUCUCGAUAUGCGUACUUGUUGGAACUACAGAGUUCAAUGGACAUGUUGGAACAACGGCUGGGGCAAGAAAUCUCGACAGUAGAGGAGGAAAACAAGAAUGAAGAAUGGGUCAACAAGAAACAGAGCGAAGUUAAUCUUACAGGAAAGGCCAAGGGGUUCUCAAACCGUAACUAUGCUGGCGUGAUACUUUCCUGUGAAGAGGACACAUCAGGUUUAUGUGCAAGCCGUCAACAUCCUGGUGUCUUCUACUACAUUCGAGGUGGGAAAAAAGAUGAAAAAGGUGAAAACAUUAUCUACGCAUACGACACCAAUAAACGGUCAAUUAUCGUCGAGAUCAGUUUGGAUGCUGUCAACAUUGACUGGGAAGAUAUCGCAUGUGGUCCUUGUGAUUCGGAUGGAUUUGGACAUUGUAUUUAUGUAUCUGAUACUGGACAUACAGGAGAAGGUCCUGUUAAUCUGAUCUACAAGGUGCAGGAACCAGAUGAGUUGCCAGAGGGACAGGACCUAUAUCUAGGGGAGGAUGAAAUAGACGUCAUUAGCUUUGAAUCCACCUUGAAAAAUAGUAAGACACUCAUGGUUUCACCAAGAGGAAGAAUCUUUCUCAUGGAUUAUUACAAAAAACCUGGAAGAUUUUAUGAAAUCAUUGAAAAUGAAGCUAAACACCUCUUUGAUGUUGCCUUACCCAAGGGCAACUCACGCCACGCUCCGAGUAGUGGCGAUAUAUCUUCAGAUGGUAAAGGAUUCCUCAUCAUGUUCAAAAAGAAGGUAUUCUACUGGUAUGUUCACGCAGAAGAAGAUAUGGAAAAGGUCCUCACCGAUUCCAAACAGUCCAUGCAACUCCCUUAUUGGAUAGAACUAUCGGGCGAAUCAGUUGCAUGGAGUCUUGAUGGGGCAUCCUACUUUACAGUCUCUGCAGGCUGUAACGAACCACUAUUUCGAUAUGAGAGACUUGAUCAUGCCACAACCGCAGAUUAUGAUGACGAUGAAUAUGGCGCUGAGAAGACUGCGAUUCAUCGUUUAGGUUUUCUUUUCUUUGGGUAGGCAUAAUAAUAUGUACCUCAGAAUUUUGCAAUGAUCAUCUUUAUCUUUAAACAUCAUACCUGAGGUGACUUCUUACCAUUGGUUCAGAGAUACAGUGAUCCUGCAGAUAUUAUAUUGUGUAAUAAAGACUUGCCCGUCAAUGUUAUACACAAUAAUAUAU